AACCCUGGUAACAGUGCGGCCGGACAGAUCGGUUCCCGAGGGAUUACUUUAAAUCUGUCGGCGCAGGAAGGCAGGUUCCCGAUGUCCUUCUCCAGAGGGAUAGACUCGGGCUCUGCGGUCCCGGAGCUGAUCGAUGUCAACAGUAACCGGGCGCUGCGCUCGCUGGCGUGGACGGGCGCCCCGGCAGCCGGUCGCCCUGUGCCUGAGCUGCAAGAGCAACUCAGUGCAAUGAAGAGGCAACUGGCCGAGAAGGAGGAGUUAAUUGCUACCCUCACUACUGGGAGGAGUCGGAACCGACUGGAAACUCACAAGGGGACAUUUGAACCUCUGGUGGAAAUCCCUGUGUCGCGUGAACAGCUGAAUCACCAUCGGGUAGCAUCUGAGACAGCUCGCAGUGAGCUGGCCGCCUUGCAGCUCAAGUAUAAAAGUAGUCAAGCUGAGCUCACAGAUACUUGCAUGAAGCUUGCAUCCCGAGAGAGCUACAUCCAGGAACUAAAGGCAGAAAUCGAAAGCUGCAAGGCAGACAAUACAAGGCAGGCAUCUCUUAUUGGCUGCCUGAGGGAAAGGAUCCUGGAAUCCGAGGAGGAGGCUGGAACGCUUCUCACAUCAAAGUCUCAGUCGGAAAUAGCUCUGCAGGACUUACAGAAAGAGAACAGGGAUCUUCAACAGAGGAAUACAGAGCUGGAAAACAAACUCAGAAAAAUAUUAACAGAGCAGGAUGAGGUCAGGCUACAAGAUACCAGAAGAGUGAAGCAGUCUGAUGAAUUUUUGAUGAAGCUCACCCGUGCUGUUAAUAUGGAUUAUAGAGGAGCAGAUCUGGAUUCCCUUGUAUCACAGAUCGGAGAGCUGUACCAGGAAAACUCCAGAAAAAGUUCCCAGAUUCUGAGCUUGGAGGAAAAUAUUCGUGCCCAUGACAUGGAGUCAAAAGCCAGCCGGGAAACUAUCAUGAGACUCGUGUCUGAGUUGGGGAGGGAGCAGAAAGCAGUUGCCUCUUAUGUGCAAGAACUGGAGACCCUUCGUAAGGAGUUAGACAACACCAGGGAUGAUAGACUGCAUGCUGAAAGAGGGAACAGGAUCUUGCAGGGCAGGCUGGAUGAAACCCAGCGAACUUGUGAAUCUUUGAAGUUGGAGCUGGGAAGGUGGGAGCAACGUUCCAAGGAGCUGGAUGGAAGUUUGCUGACCAGCGUGUCCGAUGCCAAAGCAGUUAAAGGUCAUUUGGAGGCAUUCAAGCAUCAGCUGGCCUCGGUGCUCAGCAGAACAAAUAUAGUGGUCCAGCCCACUGAGGAAGCUAUCCGGGAAAGAAUCUGUGAAAUUUGCAACAGUGAGGAAGAUAAGAGGAAGGCUGUAUCUCAACUGGAGGAGAGCACCGGCAGGCUAACAGAGCAACUGGACAAGCAAGUGGGUCUACACCAAGCUGCACUGCAGCGCUCUGGCAAGGCAGAGCAAAGGCUCUUGGAGCUCCAGCAACGAGUUCAGUACCUGCAGGAACGCAUGCUGGACGGGGACGUGCUUUGUGAUGCCCUGAGCCAGGACAAGCAGAAGUAUCUGAAAUUUUUGGAGCAAGUCACAGAGAAGAUGAAGCUGGAUGAGAUGACAUCAGAGAUUGGCUUUGAUAUGCAGCUAGACACAAUCCUUGCCCGGGCUGAUCAGCUGGUUAAAAUGGAGAGCGAAGCCAUUGUUGAAAACAAGACUCUGACGUACAACCUGCGAAGAAAGCUUAAAGCACAGAAAGAGAAGUUAGAGAGCAAAGACCUGCACAUGGACUUGCUGAGGAAAAAAAUUACCCAGAUGGAUGCAGAGAAACAGACUCAAACUGCCCUGGCAGUGGAGAGAGAUGAAGCCAACCUUACUGUGCGGAAAUUGCAGAAAAAGAUGGAAAACCUCGAGAAGGAGCUGCACUCAGCCCAAUCCUAUGGCAUGGCUCUGAAGGCAAAGCUGUCUGACACUCAUGAGCUCAAGAUUAAAACGCUGGAGCAAAACAAAAUGAUUGAGGAGCUGAAUAAAUCUGUGAAGAAGCUGGAGAAGUUAAAACAGGAGGCCACAGCAAAGCUAAAUAGCACAAAGUCAGAGCUGGAUUUCACUGAGCUGGAGGCAAAGGAGGAGAAAGAUCGAGCUCGGAACAUACUGGAGGCUGUUAGCAGUGAGCUAAAGACUCUGAAACAAACCCUGGAAGAAGUGGCCAAAAGGGAGAGACAGCUGGUGAAUUUCAGAGAUGUUGUCUCACGGAUUUUGGGCCUGGAUGUUAAAACUCUUGCACUUCCUGAUUAUGAAAUAGUAAAAAGACUUGAGAGGCUGGCCCAAGCUCACCAUUCUUCAGCCAUGACUGCACUGUGCCUCGAGAAUUCGAUGGAUAAGUUAAACCAGGGCUAUGUAGCGGGAUGUGAGGCAAGGCAACGGUUGGCUACCAGCCUCAACUAUCCAGGCCCCAAGCCAGUAUCAGCAUUGCCACCAAGAAGACUGAAGAGUGCCUCACCGUGAGAAGGUUUUUUGAUCUGAAUUGAUGAUCGUAUGUACUACCUGACUGAUGUCCAUAAUGACUGCUUCAAAAUAUCAACACCUUUCCGGAUCCCUCUGUUCUUUUAGUGAUCUUCUAAUCAGAAGCUACCCGAGAUGCUGCUGUCGGUGAUCCUCAUAAGGGUGUGGGUUCAAGUCUCACUAAAGAGACUAAGGCACACCAUCUUGUGCAGGCCACAGGGAACGCUGCAGUUUUGGAGUUUCCUUCUGCCCAGUGAGAUUUUAAAUUAUUACACUGUUUACUCUUUCCAGAUGACAUAAAGGUUGUCCAGUACUAUUCCGAAGAAGGGCAGGGUUUUUCUCCUGACCAAUAUCAAACCCUCAGCUAGAUCUAUCAAGUGGCUUCCCUCUUUUUUGUUUGCGAGACUGUAGUGUGAAAAUUGGCUGCAGCUGGUAGUUGGUGUACCCGGUGUUGCCUCCUCAGCAUUGGUGACACCUGAUGCAAGUUGUGGGACAGCCCAGACAAGCACCAUCACUCUAUCUGCCACGAAAGGCAGGAUCUCCUGUCACUAUCCAUUACAAUCUGACGUCCCAUUCCCAUCCUGACGUGGUUGUUCAUGGCCGCUCGACUGCUACCAUGAGGCCAAACCCAGAGCAGCACCUCAUAUUCAAUUUCUCCAACUUUGGUCAUUUGUGCCCUCUACCCUGCUUCUCUCUUAUUCCAUUCUCAUCUGAAUUAUUGUCUCACCCCUUCUUUUCUUUUCCCUGUCCAUCGCUGUCCUUGGUGCCCCUCCUGCUUCUCUUUCUCCCAUGGUCCAUUGCCCUCUCCUAUCAGAUUCCUUCUUCUUAAGCUUUUUACCUCUACCACCAAUCCCCUCCCUCACCCACCCUCCCCAUACCUCAUCUGGUCACUCCUACCACUACCCCCACCUUCUUAUUCUGGCUUUUGCCCCCUUCCUGUCCAGUGCAGGUGAAGGGUCUCGGCCCAGUUAAAACUAUUUAUUCCACUCCAUCGAUGCUGCCUGGCCUGCUGCGUUCUGCCAGCAUUUUGUGUGUGUUGCUUGAAUUUCCAGCAUCUGCAGAUUUCCUCAUGUUUGCAUCAAUAGAAGUGAGGUGGUUUUGGUGAUGGACUUGGCUGUGUUGAUAACACUUUACAAUUCUCUGUGGUAUUGGGCAGAGCAAUUACCAUACCAAGUAGGAUGCAUUGGGAUAGGAUAACAUUGCAGCAGGAAGGUAUGAGUGUCAGACCAGAGCAGACAAUCUUAAGCCAAUGCAGUUACUAGCACUUUUGUGAGUGAAGCGUAAUAGAGGCUGGAGGUGCUGGGUGAGUUCAGCGAUGUCAAUGUGUGUACAACAUUCGCCAAGUGCCCUCUGCUUGAGGUUCUGUGCAGACAAGGCCUAUGGGAAUGAGCAAAAAGGCCUCGGCCAGAGAUACAUCCACCUUGAGAUUUCAUGGCAUCCAUCUUCUUUCAGUCAGCUACCUUCUUUGACAAGCUCUCAUUGCUGAUUAUCCUAGUGUAGCCUCUGCAGCUCCCUGACCCAACAUCUGCUCAACAUUUCUCCCAUCACUGGUCCAACACCCCUCCCCUGACCACCACUUAUCUUCCCAUCCCACUUCACAGCCAGAUGCGCAGUCGACAAUGGCACAUGGCACCAUCUUUUAUUUCUUCAGCAGUUUGAUCAGGGCACAACUGUGCAAGUGUGGGCACCAGCCAGUGAGAACAGUGGGUAGAGUUUAAAAGGAGUCAGCUUUAUAGAGCGGGCAUUGAAGGAGUGGGUAUUGGAAGAGAGGGAGACAGAGUAGGAAGGCUUUUCCUCAACGUGGCUUCAGCGAUAACGGGUCGAAGCGAGGUAGGUUGCCUGUUUAGAAUACAGACAGGAAGAAUGUGUGUGAGGCCGGUGUUCUGUACUUGGUGUCAGAUGUGGGAAGUCCGGGAGACUCCCAGCCUCCGGGAUGGCCACAGCUGUGCCAGGUGCGUCGAGCUGCAGCUCCUUAAGGACCAGGUUAGGGAACUGGAGAUGCAGCCCGAUGUCCUUUGUCUGGUCAGGGAAAGUGAGAAGGUGAUAGACAGGAGCUAAAGGCAUGUAGUCAUACCCUGGCCUCGGGAGACAAAUAAGUGGGUAACAGUCAGGAGAGGGAAGGGCAGGAGUGAGAGGCUAGAGAGUACCCCUGUGGUUGUACCCCUUGACAAUAAGUACUCCUGUUUGAUUACUGUCGGGAGGGACAUCCUACCUGGGGAAGCAACAGUGGCUGCGCCUCUGGCACAGUCUGGCCCUGUGACUCAGAAGGGUAGGGAAGGGAAGAGGAUGGCAGCAGUGAUAGGGGACUCUAUCAUUAGGGGGUCAGACAGGCGAUUCUGUGGACGCAGGAAAGAAACACGGAUGGUAGUUUGCCUCCCUGGUGCCAGGGUUCAUGGUGUUUCUGAUCGAUUCCACAAUAUCCUGAAGUGGGAAGGAGAACAGCCAGAGGUAGUGGUACAUUUUGGUACCAACGACAUAGGCAGAAAAAGGGAGGAGGUCCUGAAAACAGACUACAGGGAGGUAGGAAGGAAGUUGAGAAGCAGGGCCACAAAGGUAACCUUGGGAUUACUGCCUGUGCCACGUGACAGUGAUUAUAGGAAUUGAGUGGAGGUGGAGGAUAAAUGCGUGGCUGAGGGAUUGGAGCAGGGGGCAGGGAUUCAGAUUUAAGGAUCACUAGGACCUCUUUUGAGGCAGGAGUGACCUCUACAAAAAAGGACAGGUGCACUUGAAACUGAGGGGGGGGGAGGGGGUCCAAUAUCCUGGCGGGGAGUUUGCUACGGUUAUUGGGGAGGGUUUAAACUAGAAUUGCUGGGGGUGGGAACUGAACUGAAGAGACGGAGGAAGAGGCGGUUGGCUGACAAAUAGAGAAAGCUUGGAGACAGUGUAAGAGGGAGGAUAGGCAGGUGAUAGAGAAGGGAUGUGCUCAGACCGAAUGUUUGAGAUUUGUCUAUUUUAAUGCAAGGAGUAUUAUGAACAAAGUGGAUGAGCUUAGAAUGUGGAUCAAUACUUGGAGCUAUGAUGUUAUGACCAUUACAGAGACUUGGAUGAUGAAGGGACAGGAAUGGCUGCUUCGAGUACCAGGCUUUAGAUGUUUCAGAAAGGACAGGAAGGCAGGCAAAAGAGGUGGGGGCUUGGCACUGUUGAUCAGAAAUAGUGUCAUGGCUGCAGAAAUGUACGGAAGAAAUGUGGCAAAUGUUCAGGAGAUAUUUGCGUGGAGUUCUGCAUAGAUACGUUCCAAUGAGACUGGGAAAGGAUGGUAGGGUACAGUAAACGUGGUGUACAAAGGCUGUUGUAAAUCUAGUCAAGGUGAAAAGAAGAGCUUAUGAAAGGUUCAAAAAACUAGGUAAUGAUAGAAAUCUAGGAGAUUAUAAGGUUAGCAGGAAGGAGCUUAAGAAAGAAAUUAGGAGAGCCAGAAGGGGUCAUGAGAAGGCCUUAGCAGACAGGAUUAAGGAAAACUCCGGCAUUCUACAAGUAUGUUAAGAGCAAGAGGAUAAGAUGUGAAAGAAUAGAACCUAUCAAGUGUGACAGUGGAAAAAUGUGCAUGGAAACGGAGAAGAUAGCAGAGGUACUUAAUGAGUAGUUUGCUUCAGUAUUCACUACGGAAAAGGAUCUUGGCGAUUGUAGGGAUGACUUACAGCGGACAAAAGCUUGGGCAUGUAGAUUUUAAGAAAGAAGAUGUGCUGGAGCUUUUGGAAAGCAUCAAGUCGGAUAAGUCACCAGGACUGGACAAGAUGUACCCCAGGCUACUGUGGGAGGCGAGGGAGGAGAUUGCUGAGCCUCUGGUGUUGAUCUUUGCAUCAUCAAUGGGGACAGGAGAGGUUCCAGAGGAUUGAAGAGUUGUGGAUGUUGUUCCCUUAUUCAAGAAAGGAAGUAGAGAUAGCCCAGGAAAUUAUAGACCCGUGAGUCUUACAUCAGUGGUUGGUAAGCUGAUGGAGAAGAUCUUGAGAGGCAGGAUUUAUGAACAUUUGGAAAGGCACAAUAUGAUUAAGAGUAGUCAGCAUGGCUUUGUGAAAGGCAGGUUGUGCCUUACGAGCCUAAUUGAAUUUUUUGAGGAUGUGAAUAAAUACAUUGAUGAAGGUAGAGCAGUAGAUGUAGUUUAUAUGGAUAUCAGCAAGGCAUUUGACAAGGUACCCCAUGCAAGGCUUAUUGAGAAAGUGAGGAGGCAUGGGAUCCAAGGGGACAUUUCUUUGUGGAUUCAGAAGUGGCUUGCCCACAGAAGGCAAAGAAUGGUUGUAGAUGGGUCAUAUUCUGGAGGUCAAUCACCAGUGGUGUGCCUCAGGGAUCUGUUCUGGGACCCCUACUGUUUGUGAUUUUUAUAAAUGACCUGGAUGAAGAAGUCGAGGGAUGGGUUAGUAAAUUUGCUGAUGACACAAAGGUUGGAGGUGUUGUGGAUAGUGUGGAGGGCUGUCAGAGGUUACAGCAGGACUUUGAUAGGAUGCAAAAAUGGGCUGAGAAGUGGCAGAUGGAGUUCAACUUAGUGAGGUGGUUCAUUUUAAUAGGUCAAAUAUGAUGGCAGUAUUAAUGGUAAGACUCUUGGCAGUGUGGAGGAUCAGAGGGACCUUGGUGUUGGAGUCCAUAGGACACUCAAAACUGCUGAGCAGGUUGACUCUGUGGGUAAGAAGGCUUAUGGUGCAUUGGCCUUCAUCAAUCGUGGGAUUGAGUUUAGGAGCUGAGAGGUAAUGUUGCAGCUAUAUAGGACCCUGGUCAAACCCCACUUGGAGUACUGUGCUCAGUUCUAGUCACCUCACUAUUGGAAGGAUGUGGAAACCAUGGAAAAGGUGCAGAGGAGAUUUACAAGGAUGUUGCCUGGAUUGGGGAGCGUGCCUUAUGAGAAUAGCUUUUUUUCCUUGGAGCGACAGAGGAUGAGAGGUGACCUGAUAGAGGUGUAUAAGAUGAUAAGAAGCAUUGAUCGUGUGGAUAGUCAGAGGCUUUUUCCAGGGCUGAAAUGACAAGCAUGAGAGGGUACAGUUUUAAGGUGCUUGGAAAUAGGAACAGAGGAGAUGUCAAGGGUAGGUUUUUUACUUAGAGAAUGGUGAGUGCAUGGAAUGGGCUGCCAGUGACGGUGGCGGAGGUGGAUAUGAUAGGGUCUUUUAAGAGACUCCUUGAUAGAUACAUGGAGCUUAGAAAAAUAUAGGGUAUGGGUAAGCCUAGGUAAUUUCUAUGGUAAGGACAUGUUUGGCACAGCUUUGUGGGCCAAAGGGUCUGUAUUGCACUGUACGUUUUCUAUGUUUCUAUCUCCCUAACCUUCUUAAUGUCAUCCUCUCUUGAAAACUAGUCCCUCUCUUAAUGAGGCAAUCCCCACUGCCCUCUGGCAAUCCUCUCCCAAUAUGCUCGAUGUCGAUGUCAAGAAAGAGCAUGUGCUAGAACUGGAAAAAUAUGUGAAUAGAUAAAUCUCCAUAUAGAUAUAUACGAGCGGGAUAUACCCUCCCUGUUACUAAAGGAAGCAAAGGAGGAGACUGCUGCGCCUUUGGCAAUGACCUUUGCACCCCCACUGGCCAAAGGAUUCGUACGAGAAGAUCGGUGGGUGGCAAAUUUUAUUCCUUUGUAACAGGGAUGAUCCUAGGAAUUAUAGAUGAGUGAGUCUUACAUCAGUGCUGGACAAACUAUUGGUGAGGAUUUUUAGAAGCAAGAUUUACGAGCAUUUGGAGAAGCAUUGACGAGGGAUAGUCGCCUAGCUUUGUGAGAGGCAGGUCGUUCCUUGAGAGCCUGAUUGAAUUUUUCAAGGAAGACAUAAAACACAUUGAUGAGGGUGGAGCUGUGGAUGUGGUUUGAUGGCGUUCCCCAUGGUACUUUCAGUCAGAAGGUCAGGAAGCAUAGGGUUCAGAGAAACCUGGCUGUGUGGAUUUAGAAUUGGUUUGCUCACAUUAGUCAGAGGGUGGUAGAAGAGCAUGUUCUGUUGGAUAUCAGUGAGCCGUGAUCAGCCCCAAUGAUUUGUUCUGGAAGCCCUGAUCUUUGUGAUUUUUGUAAGUGACUUGGAUGAGUAAGUGGAAGGGUGGGUUAGUAAGUUUGCAGAUGACACAAGGUUGUUGGUGUUGUGGAAGGUUGUUGUAGGUUACAACAGGACAUUGAUGGGAUGCAGAGCUGGCUGGGAAGUGGAGGAUGGAGUUCGAUCCAGAGAAGGUGAAGUUAUACAUUUUGGAAGGUCCAGCUUGAAGGGAGAGUACCGGAUUAAUGGGAGGAUUCUUAGCAGUGUGCAGGAACGGAGGGAUCUCCAGAGCCAAGUCCACAUUGCCGUGCAAGUUGGUAGGGUAGUUAAGAAGGUGUCUGAAGUGUUGGCCUUCAUUUGUCAGGGGACUGAGAUCAAAGGUAAUUUUGCAGUUCUAUAAAACUUUAGUUUGACCACAUUUGGAGUAUUGUGUUCAUUUCUCGUCACCUUAUUACAGGAAGGAUGUGGAAGCUUUAUAGAGGGUGCAGAGGGGAUUUACCAGGAUGCUGCCUGGAUUAGACAGCAUGUCUUAUGAGGAAAGGUUGAGUGAGUUAGAGCUUUUCUUUUUGGAGCAAAAGAGAAUGAGAGGUAACUUGACAGCAGUGUACAAGAUGAUAAGAUGUAUAGAUAGAGUGGACAGUCAGAGACCUUUUCCCUGGGUGGAAAUGGGUAAUACGAGGGGGCAUAAUUGAAGGUAUGUGGAGGUCAGCAUGGGGAUGGGGGAAUGUCAGAGGUAGGUAUUUUACAGAGAGUGUAGAGACAUUAGGGACAUUUAAGGGACUCUUAGAUAGGUACAUGGACGAUUAAGAAAUGGAGGGCUAUGUGUGAGGGAAGGUUAGAUUGAUAGUUGGGUAGACUAAAAGUUUGACACAACAUUGAGGCUGACGGGCCUGUACUGUUUAAAGAUGGACAGCUCUUGAUCUCCCUUUAUAACCUUAGAAGGUUGGCAGAAACCCAAAAAAACAGCAGGAAUUUGAACUCCAGAGGUGUAGCUCACUGGGCUUCCUCCUUAUUGCCUUGUAAAACCACUGCAAGUCAUUAUUAUAGGUCCCAGAAGUAAACAAUACUGGUAAUUAAACAUGUUUGCCUGCAGGAGAAUUUGUUAUUUCAGUCAUCCCAUUAAGUUUUGAUUUUUAUUGUUCAAUUGAUUUCUUUUUCACUUGAAUGUUUAAUUAAGUAUUUCUUAUUUAUAUUCAGCCCAUUCCUGAAAUCUGGACACAAUUUGCUUGGAGUGCUUAAAAAUAAUUAUUUUUAUUUGCUCACUAAAAGAGGUUUAAGGGAAAGGGGCCCCAUAACCCUGAAUGGUCAGGGACCACAGGCACUGGAGAUGCCAGAGAUGGAGCAACAUAACCCUGUUCAUUCAACUGAGACCCCAUCACAGGAGGUUCUUGAUCCUGCAAUUACCCCUCCACAAAAUAGUCACUAGAUGAUGUGCAGUAACUUUACAUUCAGAUCAUUUUAGUCUUUUUUCAAAUUGUUGCUGAAGUGCUAUUUACAUAUAGCUGUAUGAACGGGACAGUUGAAUUAUGCCUUAUGGUGAAGUAAAUUUAAUGGCAAGCCUUUCCAUUUAUUUUGUUGUUCAUAAUAUUUUUGGACACAAUGCGCCACAGCUGAAAGUUGACAUCAUUAAAUAAAUCACCUAUCUCAAAUGUAAUGUCACAGAACGCAGAAACAGGCCCUUCAAUCAACUACUUUCAGCCAACCACCGCUAAUUCUAUUCAUCAUCACUUAGAUCUUAAGACAUAGGAACAGAAUUAGGUUCAUUGGCUCAUCAAGACUGCUCCGCCAUUCUGUUGUGGCUAAUUUAUUAACCUUGUCAGCCCCAUUCGCUUGGCAUAAGCUUUGAAGCCCUUACUAAUCAAGAACUUAUCACCUUCCACUUUAAGUAUGCCAAAUAACUUGGCUUCCACAGAUAACUUUUGCAUUUCCACAUAUUCACCACCACCUGGUUAGAGAAAGUUGUCCUUAUGUCUGUUCGAAAGGAACAUCUUUCUAUUCUGAUGCUGUGUUCUCUGGUCCUAGACUCUUCCGCUAUUGAAAACAUCCUCUCCACUUAUGCUCUAUCUAGGCUUUUCGAUAUUCCAUAAGUCUCAGUGAGAUCCCUCCCCUUUCUUCUAAACUGCAGAGUAUACAGGCCCAGAGCCAUCAAAUACUCUUCAUAUUUUAACCUUUUCAUUCACAGGAUCAUUCUCCAUGACCUUCCUUUGGACGUUCUUAAGUAAGGGGUCCAAACCUGCUUACCAAUCUCCAAGUGCAAUCUAACCAAUGCAUUAUAAACCCACAGCAUUACAUCCUUGCUUUUAUAUUCUAGUCCUCUCGAAAUGAAUGCUAACAUUGCAUUUGCCUUCCUUAUCACCAGUUCAAUUUUAAGGUAAACCUUUAGGGAAUCCUGCACGAGGACAUCCAUGAUCCUUUGCACCUGUGAUUUCAGAAUUUUCUCCCCAAUUAGAAAAUAGUUUAUGUCUUUAUUCAUUCUACCGAAGUGCAUGACAAUACACUUCUCUAUGCUGUGUUUCAUCUGCCACUUUUUUGCUCAUUCUAAUCUGUACAAGUCCUUCUGCAGGCUCCUUCCUUCCUUAAAACUACCUGCCCCUCCAAUUAUCCUUGUAUCGUCUUCCAACUUAGCCACAAACCUGUCAAUUCCAUCAUCCAGAUCAUUGACAUAUAAUGCAUAGAUGUGGUCCCAACACCGAACCCUGUGGAACACCACUAGUCAUCGGCCAUCAACCAGAGAAGGCCCCUUUCAGCCAAUCAGCUAAUCUCUGUCCAUGCUAGUAUCUUUCCUGUAAUAUUGUGGGCUCUUGUUUAGCAGCAUCAUAAGACCAUAAGAUAUAGGAGCAGAAGUAGGCCAUUUGGCCCAUCAAGACUGCUUCAGCAUUCAAUCAUGGGCGGAUCCAAUUUUUCCAGUCAUCCCCACUCCCCUGCUUUCUCCCCAUACCCUUUGAUGCCCUGGCUAAUCAAGAACCUAUCUAUCUUUGCCUUAAAUGCACCCAAUGACUUGGCUCCCACAGCUGCUCAUGUAUGGCACCUUGUCAAAGACCACCUGGAAAUCCAAGUAAACAAAAGCUACUGACUCUCCUUUGUCUAUCCUGCCUGUUACUUCCCCAAAGAAUUCCAAAAGACUUGACAGGCAAGAUCUCCCCUUAAGGAAACCAUAUUGACUUCAGCCUAUUUUAUCAAGCGCUUCCAAUUACCCUGAAUUCUUAUUCCUAAUAAUGGACUCCAACAAUUUACCAGUCACUGAGUUCAGGCAGUCUGGCCUAUAAUUUUUAUGUCUUUUGCUUUCCUCACUUCUGUGGUGAACUAUGUGCCUGUCGGGACACGCCCCUGCUGACUGCUCCUGUGGCUCCUCCCACAGGCCCCUGUAUAAAGGAGAUCUGCGGCCUGACGCUCGGCCUCAGUCUCCAAGACAUUGUAUGAUAGACACUCACUCCUGGUUCCUUCUUCCAGUCAAUAAAAGCCGAUAUCUCGC